AUGUUAUCCUUGACUACUGUCGUCAUCGAAAACGAGCUAAAGAACCACGGCGGCCUUUAUGAGCUGGAACAGCAGAUCGGACAGGGCAACUUUGCCUGUGUGUGGAAAGCUCACCACAAACUAGCCCCUGUCCAAGUCGCUAUCAAGGUGAUUGACAAAAGAAGUCGGAACGAAGCUGAUUUGAUAAAAAUUCAUCGAGAAAUAUCAAUUUUGAAGAAACUAAGGCAUCCGAACAUUAUAAAGCUUUAUCAAUACAUUGAGACGGAAGAUUAUAUUUUUCUAGUUACGGAGCUCUGCCCGAAAGGGGAGCUAUUCGAUCUAAUAGACCGCAAUGGUAGAUUAAGAGAAGAUGACGCGCGACGCAUUUUCUCCGAAAUUCUAUCCGCUGUCGAGCAUGCACACAAGAACAACAUCGUGCACAGAGACCUCAAAACUGAAAACGUCUUGCUGGACAAGAAUCUCAACAUAAAAUUAGCCGAUUUCGGAUUUGGCCAGUAUUUUGAGCAGGGUAGAUUUCUGAACACUUGGUGUGGAAGUCCUCCUUACGCAGCACCCGAGGUUUUUGAAGGACGAGAGUACGAAGGACCCGAGCUAGACGUCUGGUCUUUGGGAUGCAUUCUUUACGUCUUAGUUUGUGGGAAACUUCCUUUCGAUGCGCCUGACAUGGCUCAGCUCAAGGAGAGGAUAACCAAUGGCUGGUACCAGGUCCAUUGGUCUGUUACAAAUGAAUGUUUUGAUCUCAUUCGCAAAUGCCUUACUACGAAUCCACAGCGCCGGAUCAAGACAUCCGGCAUUCGAUCUCAUGCUUGGAUGAUGAACUUGCCUAGCAUCAUCCAGCUAGACGAAGAAUCGAUAAACGAAGAGAUCCUAACUCACAUGCUAUCCGCUGGAAUAGGAAUUUCCCCUCAGCAGCAAGAGAUGCUCUAUCAAGCCGCCCAGCAAACCCAGAACCUUACUCCAACAAGCCACAUACCUGUAAUGGCGCCUGUAUACUGCAAUCCCAGGCCCAUGAAUAUGUCUAAAGUGAUUUCUCCGAGUGUGCCAAGCUAUACCCCUCAUUCUAUGUCGAUGACAAGCGAUUUCUUGCCUGCGCAUUCUAGUGAAACGCAACGAAGACCUAACAGCGCUUCUGGAAAACGCACAUGUGUGCCCUGUCCGCCGCCUGUCUCGCAGAAUAGAUCACGCCACAAGACACAAGGUCGACGAGCCUCGGAUGGCCUCAUCGAUCCUUCGCAACUGCCCACAGGGCCUCUUUUUGAACAAGUAGACCCGACACAUCUCAUUCACGAAGCCGAAACUGAUAGCCAGCACAUGUGGAGUUCCAUCCGUCACCCAGGCGGCUCUUCCAACAACGCUCAAGUGAUGAGAGCGAAGACUCAAACGCGACGGCAUCCAACACGCCCAUAUUACCAACCCCCUCUCUCCUCAGUUCCCGAAGAUCAAGGCGAUCUUUCGCACAUUACGUUAGACGGAGCAAUCGAAUCGUUAUCGCUGAACAAUCAAGCUGUUGGCGCCAAUCAAAUGAUCAUUCCUAAUAGAAUGGAGCAACUACUUCGCAAUCACAGAAUGCAGGAGAACUGCACGACUCAAGCCGAAUAUUAA